AGUGCAAGGACAACGAAAUUUACAUCCACAUUAGAUACAUUCAAAAUGUUGUGUGGAGGGAAAAAAUCUUACUUUGCUGCUGCUGUGUGCAUUAUUACUCUAACUUCAAUGGUCACACUUUCUUAUCUUAGGUUACAGAAUCUUUCUCACCUGCCAAAAAUAAUUCAAGAAGGUAGUAGAUGUAAAGGGAAAAUUACCAAUAGCACAAUAACAGCAUUAAAAGAUAACAGAACUUUUAUUAUAUCCCCUUACUUUGAUGACAGAGAAAGCAAAGUCACUCGUGUGAUCGGGAUUGUUCACCAUAAAGAAGUAAAACAACUAUACUGCUGGUUCUGCUGUCAGCCCAAUGGAAAGAUAUAUGUAUCAAAAGCAAAAAUUGAUGUUCAUUCAGACAGGUUUGGAUUCCCUUAUGGUGCAACAGAUAUAGUUUGUUUGGAACCUGAAAACUGUGAUCCAACACAAGUAUCAAUUCAUCAGUCUCCACGUGGAAAUAUUGACCAGCUGCCAGGGUUUGAAAUUAGAAACCGCAAGGCUGAGACCUUUGCUGUUGACUUCACUGUGUGCAUCUCUGCCAUGUUUGGAAAUUACAACAACGUCUUGCAGUUUAUACAGAGUAUAGAAAUGUACAAGAUUCUUGGGGUACAGAAAGUGGUGAUCUACAAGAACAACUGCAGCCAGCUGAUGGAAAAAGUCUUAAAGUUUUAUGUGGAAGAAGGAACUGUGGAGAUAAUUCCCUGGCCAAUAAACUCACACCUCAAGGUUUCUUCUGAAUGGCAGUUCAUGCAAGAUGGAACACAUAUUGGCUACUAUGGACAAAUCACAGCGCUAAAUGACUGUAUAUACCGAAACAUGCAGAGGAGCAAGUUUGUGGUUCUUAAUGAUGUUGAUGAAAUAAUUCUUCCCCUUAAGCACCCUGACUGGAAAACAAUGAUGAGCAGUCUUCAGAAGCAAAACCCAGGGACUGGUGUUUUCCUCUUUGAGAACCAUAUCUUCCCAGAAACCAUGUCUACUCACAUGUUCAACAUUUCAUCCUGGAAUACUGUGCCAGGUGUUAACAUAUUACAGCAUGUUCACAGAGAGCCUGACAGGAAAGAUGUAAUCAAUCCCAGGAAAAUGAUAGUUGAUCCACGAAAGGUGAUUCAGACUUCAGUCCAUUCUGUCCUACGCGCUUAUGGGAACAGUGUGAAGGUUCCCAUGGAUGUUGCCCUCAUUUAUCACUGUCGGGUGCCCCUUCAAGGAAACCUGCCCCAAGGAUCCCUCAUCAAGGAUACAACACUGUGGAGAUAUAACUUAUCAUUAAUCAUGAAUGUUAACAAGGUGCUAAGUCAAACUGUACUGUAAGCUCAAAAGUGAAACCUUGGUUGUAAGGAGGGAAAGUGGAGACCUACCCCUACCAUGGGGAGGCAGAGGAUAUAAUUUAAAGAUCACAGUAAAAUCACUUCCACUUAAAGUUUACAUCUUACAGAGAUUUAGGAGAACAGCCCUUUUUUGUACUGUACAAAGGUAAAUGCAUUUGAUUUGCGAACUGAGACAGGGUACCUGGUAAGGGUCCACUCCUGUAGUUGAUCAGUGCUGCUCCUCCUGUAAGUGGUCAAGUGCUGAAUUGGCUUAAUCAGGUAAAGUCUCUACUGCACCUUUGUUAGACAUGAGAGCUGUGGCAUAGUGAGAAAUUGCUCUUUUGCAUGCUUAUAGCUGUGAAAGGACAUUAUUCAAGGCCUAGGAAGUGACCAUGCAGAAAUUAGAAAGUUAAUGUAACAAUAUCCAGGUUUCUCUUUUUCUUUUCCCAUCUUCAUAUACGUUUUAGCUAGUACAGUGAACCUGUAAACUACCUGAAGAAGGAAUGAAUUGAUUUUUGGUUAUUUGUAUGUCUGAAGUACUUGGUGGAUAAAAAAUACAGCUGUGCUUAGUGGUGCCUAUUAAAAAAUGGCUUGGGACAGCAUCUCCCAGAUGAAGAGCUGCAUUGGCAUUAAUGCUGUAACCUGUUAUAAUCACAGAGGUAGGAUAAGAAAAUGCACCAGCUGUAGCACAGGAACUGUCACUUAAGCUAUUUUGUUAGAGGUUCAUUUGUCUUAAGGAACGUGGGAAUUUGUAGCAGAGCUGUGAGUCAUUUCAUGAUACCAAGGAUCAAUGCAGAUGGUAUUACCUCUUCUGGAAAAUGUAAAAUGAGUUUGUUUUCAAUUGAAAAAAAAAAAAAUCAGUAUUUCUCAACUGAUUCAAAUAAAGUCAAAGGCUAUACACUUUUUUCAACUUACGUAUAAAACAUACAACUACAGUCACUGGUAUUAAAGGUAACAUUGCUUAAUUCUUGCAGUUUGUAUGUCACUCUUUGGGUACAAAAUUUGUAUGCACCAAGUUGAGUAAAAGGUAAACAAAUGCAGUGUGAUAAAUACUGAUCAAAAUCUACUAGUUUAAAUUAUAAAAAAAAUUGAACCCUUUCUAUUACUGGAAAUUGCAUUUGUUAAAGAGGUGAUGUAUUGUAGCACUGAACACAAAACUGCUGGAGUUUUGCUGAUCCAAAUGACUCUCCAGCUUGGGGUUUGAGACAUGUAAGUUUAAGAAGAGUGAUCCCUCUUUUGUUACCCACAGGUGUUCUGAAUUACUUAAGUGGCAAGAGCCGAGUCAUGUUGCAAAGCUUUAAAGCAGAGGCAAGAUACAGACUGAUGCUGAAGAAAAAGAGAGUUUUGUGAACUGAAAAGCAAGGCUAUUUCCACGGGAAUGGAUGAAUAACUACUUAAAAUAUGUAAUAGUUUGGGGUUUUUUUCUGGCCUCUGUCUCUUCAUUCACAAAAAUUGGACAUCAGGUGGAUUUUACUCGUUUAUGUGAUGGGUAAGUUGAAUUAUGAUGCUUCCUUAUGUAGCUGUAAGGGUACAGAAGCUGUAUGUUUUCUAACCUCAAUCUCAAAAUAGUGCUAGGUAAUUUAUUAACUUGUGCUCAAGGGUCAGAUGGAAAGCAAAGCAAACAAAACCCAUUUCCUCACUGUAGUUUUGCAAUUCCAGUAAUGUUUUUUCUGUUUGCUGAGCCCACAAAGCUAUGUGCAUUGUACUAAUGUGGCAAAGUAUUAGAACAUUAUCAGAAUGUCUGUAUAUAGAACAUACAUUAGCAUGUACAAAGGGACGUCGGGGGGGGCGGGCAGUGACAGUCUGACACCUCAGUAUGUGUGAAAGCAGGUACACUUUUUUAAAUUUCUACACCAGUGUCAUGUUUUCAUUCCUUCAUCUGUUUUGUGGUGGCACAAACCUAUGCCCUUAAGGAGGUAUGUCAUUAGUGGUUAGUAGCAUUGGCUAGCAAAUGUCCAGGUAGAGGUUUUACUCAGAAGUGUUCAAGAGACAGUCUGUAAAUAACAACUGUUUGCUAAUUGUAUUUGUAAUAAUCAUCAUCUGCUAUGUAACAGGUUAAACACUUCUAAAAUUAAAAGGGUAGAAGA